AUGGCAAAAAAGAACGCAGGUGAAAAUUCCAAGAAGGCAGCAGGUAAUGCUCGUAAAGCUGAACAAGCAGCUAAAAAGAAACAAGAAGUGAUGGACAAAUUAGAACAAGAAGAAGAAGCAGCAUGGUCUCAAGGUGCCAAAAAGGGGAAUAAAAAGAAGGAAGAUGAACAAUUUAAAAAGGAAGAAGCAGCUCGUAAAAAAGCUGAACGUGAUGCAUUACUAGCUGCUGAAGAAGCAAGUAUGCCUUCAAAACCAACAAAAGCCAAAAAUAGAGGUGCUGAAAAAGUGGCUCAAAGAAGAACAGGUAAAAUUGAUGAUUUCUUGGAUUAUAAUAAAGAUAUUCCUGAAUUGAGUGCUAGUGGACUUGAUAGUGCAUUAGAAGCAUUGUCAUUAACUGGAACUGGUGGUGGUAUUUCUAAUAAAGAUAUUGAUAGACAUCCAGAAAGAAGAGUUAAAGCUGCUUAUAAUGCAUACGAAGAAAAAAGAUUACCAGAAGUUAGAAAAGAAAAUCCUGGUUUAAGAUUAAAUCAAAUUAAGAAUUUAAUAUUCAAAGAAUUCCAAAAAUCACCAGAAAAUCCAAUGAAUCAAGACACUAAUGUUCAAUAUAAUGCCAGUGGUGAAGAUAUUGCAAAUAAAAAGAAAGAGGCAAGAGCAGCAAGAGAACAAAAAUUUACCUAG